GUGAUGGGUCGGGAACCCAAAACACAAAUUGCAGGAAUGGUGGCAAUUGUUGAUAUGGCAGGGUUCGGUUGGUAUCAUGUCAUGCAGAUGACAGUGGACUACGUUAAGGACAUGGUUGCAAUGGUACAGAAUUCUUUCCCAAUUCGAUUCAGAGAAAUACAUAUAGUGAAUGAGUCAUAUCUGUUCGAUGUUGUGUUUGCGCUUGUUAAACCCUUCCUAACAGAUAAAAUUAGGAAUAGAAUUAGGUUCCAUGGCGGAGAUUUAGAAUCACUUUACAGGUAUGUACCACGAAGUAUUCUACCGGCUGAGUACGGGGGAGAACAACCGGCAUUUAAUAAUUCAAGCCUUCAACUAGCAUUAGCUAAGAUGGAAGACUACUUCGUGGCUCUACAGGGAUACGGGUACAGGGAUAAUCAGUUACCACAACAGGUUUAUGAACGAGACUCUCAUCCUUAUCCAAGUUUCUGCCUCUCUGGAACUCUUCCGGAUGAAUAGAUAGGAACCCUACCUCCUGGAACCCAACUGUCUGGAACCCAACUGUAUUGAAUUAUACUGUAUGGCACCCUACUGACUAGAACUCAAAUGAACGGAACCCCCCCUCUGUCAGGAACUCUACUGUCUGGAACCCUACAGACUGGAAUCCAAAUAUCAGGAACCCUACCACCUGGAACCUUACUGUCUGGAACCUUAUUGACUGGAACCCUACUGUAAGGAACCACCAGGAACCCUAGUAACUGGAACCAACUGUCUGGAACCCUUCAUUGGAUCAAUAGAUCAAAGUUGAAAUCUCUAAAAAUUCCACUGUUCCUUAGAACUAUUUUCUUUUUGACAAUUGUGACAGGAAAUCUACUUUUUAGAACCGGUCCAAGAACAACUAAAUUUUUAGAACCGGUCCAAGAACAACUAAAUUUUUAGAACCGGUCCAAGAACAACUAAAUUUUUAGAACCGGUCCAAGAAUAACUAAAUUUUUUAGUACAGUUAAAUCUUCAGAAUUUCAAAACUUUAAAUUCAACAUUUAAAAAAAUAAAGCAAUAUUCAGUGAAAAUCUCUAAUUUUGUUAAGAAUUUAAUUUUAUGUAGAUCUGUAAAACCGUGUAACUAAAAAUAUACUUAAAAUGUACUAAAAAUGUACUUAAAGUGUACUAAAAAUUACUUAAAAUGAACGGUAGUCUGCAUGUGUACAGACAGAACUCCUACUGUGCGCUUACACUAUUUGGAGCAUCAAUGUUUGGUGUAAUAUUUAAGGCAGCUGAAAUAGCGAAUUCCUUGAGAAAAGAGUUGAACUAAAAGAUUUUAAAAAAGAGGUUUGUUUAUGUAGUGAUAUGUAUUAGUUUAAAUGUUAUUCACAUUUAGAAAGGAACAAUUUUUGUCAUACAAAUAUUCAGAUAUAUUAUUCAAAUGUACUUUAUUUGAUUGUAAUUGAAAAUGUGAUAAAUAUCAUAUUUAAGUGAAAAACGGAAUUUGCUCAAUAAUUACAAAAACUUAUAACAAUUAAAACAUUUUAAUUUUGAACUAGCAUUCCUGAGAAAAUCUGCCAAAAUGCAUUUUUAGAAAAUCUUCGAUUUUUUUUUACUUUUUUUAAUUUCUCAUCGUUGAUUUAGUUUUUUGUUGACACAAACCAUCCCAUUAUGCUCUAAGUAAAUUUUAGUUUCCUAUCUAUUCCGUAAAAGUUCCGUAAGAUAUUUCCGUUCUGGAAUUGGUCCGGAACAGCUUAAAAAUUUACACGUUGUAAACAAAUUUAAAGAAAUAUUACUGAAAUAUAGUUGAUAAAUAUCUUUAUAUAAUAUACAUAUAUAUAUUCGUAACAACCACAAUAUACUUAAUAACCAGUGUUACAGAUAUAAACUGAAUAUUUUCA